AUGAGAACUCACACUGGUGACCAAUGUGAAGUGUUAUUUAAACGGGAGUCUAUUCUGACAGUUCAUAUGAGAUCCCAUCAUGUCGAAGAUUAUAAAGAUAAGAAUUCUAAAGCUGACUUUACAUUGCGUUCUAAACCUAAGUGUGAUGUAAACCUUGAAUCUCAGCCUGAUCAAGAAGUUCAGAAUCUGUUAAAGGAUCAUGAUAAUGAGGAGGAACAAGGGCAGAAUCUGUUAAAAGGAUCAUGCGCAAGAGGAGGAACAAGAGCAGAAUCUGUUAAAGAUCAUGAGCAAGAGGAGGAACAAAAUCCGGAUCUGUUAAAGGAUCAUGAGCAAGAGGAGGAACAAGAUACGGAUCUGAUAAAGGAUCAUGAGCAAGAGGAGGAACAAGAUCCAGAUCUGUUAAAGGAUCAUGAGCAAGAGGAGGAACAAGAUCCGGAUCUGCUCAGGGAUCAAGAGGAUGGAGUAGGUCUGGAACAGGACAGUUCUAGAAUACAAGAGGAGAAGAAGAGAAUCAACCCAAAAGAGACUCCAGACAGGUCAGAGGAUUGUAAUGAUGUAAUUGAGCAACAACAGGAUAUUACGAGACCAAAAUCAUUCCCUAGCAAACUAUCAGAAUAUGAAGAAGAUCUUGAGAUUGAGGCUUUAUUGGAUUCAGAAUCUGAAACUGAAACUGAGUUGGAUCCAGAACCGAGAAAGCCUGAAACUGAAUCUGAGCCUGAAACUGAAUCUGAGCCUGAAACCGAAUCUGAGCCUGAAACUGAAUCUGAGCCUGAAACUGAAUCUGAGUCCAAAACUGAAUCUGAGAGUGAAUUUGAGCCUGUUAAUGAAUCUGAAUCUGAUUCUGAGAUUGAGAGUGAAUAUAAAACUAUCACUGAAUCACAUAUGGAAUCAGAAUAUAAAUCUAGGUCUGACCUUUUAACGGAAGAGGAAUCUGAACCAAAUCUAAAUGAUCCUGCAGGAAUAGCUCGACACAUGAAAAAUGCUCAGCAGCAGAGGAUGAAGAGAAAAGCUUGCCCUGAUCCUGAACCUAAAGGUAUGAUUGAACAAGAAUUCACUCGUAAAAGGAAAAAGGUUGAUCUUGAUGAUGGUGUUGAAAAUUAUGCUGAGGUGGAACAUGAUAAGGAACUUGAAAUGGAAGAUCUUCAUGUGGAUUCCUAA